CCACGCGGCCAGACAGCGCAUUCUUCUCUGUGUACCAGGACCAGCCACCGUUGAGACAUGAGUUCCCAGCAGCAGAAGCAGCCCUGCACCCUACCCCCUCAGCCUCAGCAGCAGCAAGUGAAACAGCCUUGCCAGCCUCCACCCCAGGAACCAUGUGUCCCCAAAACCAAGGAACCCUGCCACCCCAAAGUGCCUGAGCCUUGCCACACCAAGGUGCCUGAGCCCUGCCACACCAAGGUGCCUGAGCCCUGCCACACCAAGGUGCCUGAGCCCUGCCACCCCAAGAUCCCGGAGCCCUGCCCCUCAAAAGUCACUCCAGCACCUGCCCAGCAGAAGACAAAGCAGAAGUAAUGUAGUCCACAGCUGUGCCCUUGAGGAACCGACCACCGGAUGCUGAACCCCCUCCUGUUCCACUUAUGAGUCCCAUUUGCCUAUAGAUCAUGCAGUUAGUGUGCUGUCACCCUGAGUCCUAAUCUCUCCCUCUCAGCACCAUCUCUGAAGAUGUCCCUCACACUCACUCUGGAGGGUUC